AUGGGCAGAUGGUGUAUCUGUAUAAAUGUGACUGGUACUGACAGGGGCUUUACAUGCUUUGGUCCAAGCCUUGCUGGCUUAGACGCUUACUGCCAGACAUCCACUCAGUGGAAACUUGACAAUUAUGACCCUUCAACGGGAAAAUGGUGGAUUACGACUGGUUCGGUUAGAGGUGAACCUGGUCCUAACACUUUGAUGAGUUGGUUUAAGAUUGAGAAAGUUGGACCCGAGAUGGAUAGGGUUUACAAGCUUACAUUUUGUCCUUCAGUCUGUGAUUCGUGCAUAACUUUAUGCAAAGAUAUUGGUAGAUAUUCUUAUGAUGGACUGAGGCGCUUGGCUCUCAGUCCCGGAGGAUGGCCAUUCAUGUUUAUCAAAGCAUCUAAGGCGAAAGAAUAA